GUUUUUUUCUUUUCUUUUUUUAUUUCCCUGAGGUAUUUUUUGUGUGAUUUUUACCUCAGAAAGUGAUGGCGGAGUGGAGGGCACGGCUGCUCGUGUUUUUCGCGAGUCUCACGGUUCUCCGGUUCUGCGGUGCGAAUAAAGGUUCUAAUAUUCGGGGCUUCACUCCAUUCAGGUUCUCUGUGGAACCCGUCGACACGAUGGCUGUACGUGGUCUCCCCGCCGUUCUGAACUGCUCGGCCGUUAGCGAUGCUCCAGUAAGGGUAGAAUGGAAGAAGGACGGAACGUUCCUGAAUCUGGCAGCAGACGAUCGGAGAAGACAGCUCGCAGAUGGGUCUCUACUCAUCAGCACGGUGGUCCACUCCAAACACAAUAAGCCUGAUGAGGGGGUCUAUCAGUGUGUGGCAACCAUCGACAAUCUGGGAACAAUCAGCAGCCGAACCGCACAACUCACUGUAGCAGGGCUUCCGCGGUUCCUCAGCCAACCGGAGGGCGUGUCUGUGCGAAUGGGUGGCACUGAGAUGCUCAACUGUGAGAUGACGGAGGAACUCACCCCAUUCACCCGCUGGGAGAGGGGCAGUCAGACCAUUGAGUUAGACAGCAGGGUGAUACAGCUGCCCAGCGGAGCUCUAGUGAUCAGUAAUGCCUCAAAGACUGACGCUGGACUCUACCGCUGCACAAUUGAUGGUCUAGGACCGCCCAAAACCAGCGAGGAGGCGGAGUUACAAGUGUCUGCAGAUUCGGGUGCCGAGGAGAAGCUAGAGACCCUCCGGAGCCCAGUUGCCGUGGCGAAAGUUGUCGGGGAGAGCGUGUUGUUGCCGUGUGUCAUGAAAGGUUAUCCCAUACCAGUUAUUCGCUGGACGUUUAACGGCCGGCCAAUCGAUGAGAGCAAUGACCGUUUUGCUGUGAUUGGUGGAGGGAGUCUGCAGAUGGUGAAUCUGACAGAAGAGGAUGCUGGGAUAUAUGGUUGCCAUGCAGACAGCGGCAACAUGACCAGCGAUAUACAAGCAGAACUCACAGUUCGAGUUCCUCCAAGGUUCCUGACGAGACCCUCCAACACUUACGCCCAGGAGUCCAUGGACAUCAUCUUUGAGUGUGAUGUCACGGGGUCACCUCCACCCACUGUCAAAUGGAUGAAGGAUGGUGACACGGUCAUCCCGAGUGACUAUUUCAGAAUAGUGAAGCAGCACAAUCUCCAGGUUUUGGGUUUAGUAAAAUCAGACGAGGGUUUUUAUCAAUGUUUAGCAGAAAACGAUGCCGGGAACGUCCAGGCAAGCGCUCAGCUGAUCAUACUGGAUUUAGACGUUGCCCUCCCUUCCACUGUCCCUUCACUGACCGAUGCCACUGCUGAUCAUGUAGCGUCCAGCCCUGAUGAGCGCUCUGGCCCCGCCCCCUCUGCACCACGUGAUGUUGUGGCAUCUUUGGUGUCCACCCGCUUCAUCAAGCUGACGUGGCGACUUCCUGCCGAGCCGCACGGGGACAACAUCACCUACUCGGUAUACUACAGUUUGGACGGCACUAACAGGGAGCGUGUUGAGAACACCAGCGGACCAGGAGAGAUGCAAGUCACCAUCCAGAACCUCGUUCCUGACACAAAGUACACAUUUCGGGUGGUUGCUUCCAAUGCCAACGGCCAAGGCGAGAGUUCCGCCCCACUUACAGUGGCCACACAGCCGGAGGUUCAGGUACCCGGUCCGGCCCCUAAUCUGCAGGUGGGAUCUGUUGGCAGCACCUCAGUCACAUUGAGAUGGGAGAGACCAAUCACUGGAAACGGGGAGAUCCAGACCUACAAACUCUUCUACAUUGAAAAGGGUCAAGACUCCGAGCAGGACAUGGAGGUCACAGGUUUGUCAUACACGAUGACAGGGCUUAAGAAGUUUACAGAAUACAUUUUCAGAGUGGUGGCGUACAACAAACAUGGUCCUGGUGUGUCUACUGAGGACGUAACAGUCCGAACACUGUCUGACGUACCAAGCGCCCCUCCACAGAACCUUACCCUAGAGGUCCUCAAUUCAACGAGCAUCAUGGUCCGAUGGCAACCGCCUCCCCCUGGCACUUUAAACGGAGAACUGACGGUAUAUAAAUUACGCUACCGGAAAGGACUCAGAAAAGCGGAUGCAAUUGAAGUGUCAACCACACAACUCUAUCAGCUUAUUGAUGGUCUGGAGAAGGGAAAGGUCUACACGUUUAGAGUGUCGGCCACCACUAUAAACGGCACUGGACCAACGACAGAGUGGAUCACAGCGGAAACCUUUGAGAACGAUCUGGACGAAUCUCAGGUACCUGGAGUCCCGAGCUCGCUGCACGUUCGUCCACUGGUAAAUAGAAUUGUGGUGAGCUGGACUCCUCCAGACAAUCAAGACAUUUUAGUCCGAGGUUAUAAAAUCGGAUACGGUAUCGGCAGCCCUCAUGCCCACACGGUCGCUCUGGAUUACAAGCAACGUUUCUACAGCAUUGAUAACCUUGAUGCCAGUUCUCAUUACGUCAUCACUCUCAAAGCGUUCAACAACAUGGGCGAAGGAAUUCCGAUCUACAACAGCGCCACCACCAGGCCUCAGUCCGACCCCAUAGACCCUGAUAUUGAUUUCUAUGAACUCUUCAAUAACCCAUACACCCCAGCACCCGACCCCACACCCAUGCUGCCCCCGGUGGGCGUUCAGGCGACCGUCCUCAGCCAUGACACCGUCAAAGUCAGCUGGGCCGACAACUCGCUCCCGAAGAACCAGAAGAUCACCGAUUCCAGAUAUUACACCAUACGCUGGAAGACCAACAUUCCUGCUAACGCAAAGUUUAAGACGGCAAACACCACGUCUCUAUUCCAUACUGUAACGGGACUGAAACCCAACACACUGUACGAGUUCUCCGUUAUGGUGACUAAGAGCCGCAGGAGUAGUACGUGGAGUAUGACGGCCCACGGCACCACCUUUGAGUCCAUUCCCAACUCCGCCCCUAAAGAUGUGACAGUCAUCAGUAAAGAGGGAAACCCACGAAUCAUCAACAUUAACUGGCAGCCGCCCACUGAAGCCAACGGCAAAAUCACAGGUUACAUCAUCUACUACAGCACAGAUGUGAAUGCUGAGGUUCAUGAUUGGGUCGUGGAGCCCGUGGUGGGCAACAGACUGACCCAUCAGAUUCAGGGUCUGACCCUCGAAACCACGUACUACUUUAAGAUCCAGGCACGCAACUCUAAGGGCAUGGGGCCCAUGUCGGACGCCGUGCACUUCAGAACGCCUAAAGCUGAACCAUCGGAUAAAAUGUCGAGUGAUCAAGGGCUGCAAGUAAAACCCGGUCACCCCACACUUCCGGAACACGGGAUCGGAUCCAACAUUGAUAAGCCUGGCAUCACGGGCAGUCAGGAGAAUCAUAUUCUGGUGAUAGUGGUGAUAGUUUCAGUCGGAGUGUUUACGAUCAUUGCCGUGGUCGUUGGAGCUGUCCUCUGUACACGCCGGUCCAACUCACACCAGAAGAAGAAGCGUGCAGCAUGCAAGUCCAACACCAGCUCUCACAAAUACUUGAGUUCUUCUAAAGACCUGAAACCUCCUGAUCUCUGGAUCCAUCAUGAGCGUGUGGAGCUUAAACCCAUGGACAAAUCACCUGAACCGAACCCAGUUAUGACCGAGACACCACUCCCUCGAACCGCCCCGGACCCGACCGCUGAACCCUCCCAUCAGAGACGAGGUCACGAGGUCGAGGAAAGUGUGUCCACACUGGCUGGUCGGAGGGGAGCGAGAGCGAAAAUGACGAUGCCUUUCGAUUCUCAACCUCCCCAACCCGUGAUUAGCGCUCACCCCGUUCAUUCCCUUGAUCAUCUUCAUCACCAUCAUCAUCACUAUCAUCUUCCUCCACGCGGAUACCUUCAUCAUCAGAUCAGCCUGAGAGCGCCCGCCACACCGACACCAUACUUAGACAGGGUGCCCUCUGCAGAGUCUGUGAGGAAUCAACCCCCUGCUCCAGAACCUCCGGUUGCACCCAGUCAGUCCACCUGCACAGUCGAGCUGCAGAAGACAGAAGCGGUCCUUAAAGAGGAAGACCCACCAAGCGUAAACCCACCGACGGGCCACGUCCGGCCAACACACCCACUCAAGAGCUUCGCCGUACCGACGGUCACUGUCUCCACCCACAACCCGCCCACCUAUGAGUCGGCGUUACCCAGCACCCCUCUGCUGGCACAACCAGUGCCCGGCGUUAAGACGGCAUCCAUUGGAACACUAAAUCGAGCACGAGCUCCAAUGGCAGUAACAGUCCCCAAUGCACCCGGCCAAUCAGAAACCAGCAAGAUGUUGUUACAGUCAGAUAUGACAUAUGAAACAGAUGAACUAUCAGAGGAAAUGGCUCACCUGGAGGGUUUGAUGAAGGAUCUGAAUGCCAUCACCACAGCGUGAAGCACAAAACAGCUCUCUCCAAUCACACACACUGAAAUCUCCUGGCUUAACCCUGUUCUCAGGAAGAAUCAGGCCAUUUUUAAUAAACACUGAUCCCACAUCAGCUUUAAGAAUGAGGAACGGAAUUAUCAAUGACUGGAAAUGGAUAACGGCUGCUGUGUUUCCGUCCUGCAUGGAUCUUUCUGGAGAACAGCAUAAAAGACGAGAAUUUGAAUGAAAACGUUGGACUCAGAUGAGCCGUUCUGCACAGAAUAAAAAAUGUUUUAUGUUAUUUUGGGAUUGUAUUCAUGUAAUACAUAUUUUAAGCCUGUAUAUGUAGUUUUCAUUGUUUUUAUGGUAAUUUAAGGACUUUUAUUUUAUGAAACCUCACAUUCGCACACGUUGGGCUUCUUUCAUGAAACACAAGCCAAAUUAAUUUGUGUAAAUUGUUCAUUGAACCAUUUUUACAUAAAUUGUCAGAUCCAGUUCAAUGGGCCUUAUUUGUAAAACAUGAGCAGAACAAAUUAAAUGACAUAAAUUGUUCAUAAAUGCAUGCAUACGUUUUUUUUUUUUUUUUUUUUUUCAUUAAACUGAAUGCAACAAAUUAUGUAUGAAUGGUUUUAUGUAGGAUUUGUAAAAAACAUUCUUAUUUACAUUGGGCCUUGUAACAUAAGCAAAACGCAACCUAAAUCUAUUUGUACGUUAAAUUGUGGCAUUGAAUUGAAUGCGACAAUUUACGUAAAAUGGUUUCAUGUAUCGUUUACACAGGAUUCCGUUUCAUGAAUAUGGCCCAUGGUCGCAUUCAAUUCAAUGUUCGUAAAAUUAUUCUUGCGUAAAUCGUCAAUUCAAUUAAAUGUUCGCAAAACCAUUUUAUGUUAACUAUCACAAUCAAUUAAACGUUUGAAUAUUUUUUUUUUACAUAAAUGUAUUUCAUUGAACUUGAAAUUUAACGGAAAAAAAGUUUUACGAAAACAUUACAUUUCAUGAAAGAGGCUCAUUGUUGCAUUCAAUUCAAUAAUUUUAAAAUCAUUCUUGCGUAAAUUGUUCCAUUUAAUUUAACAUUCGUAAAAACAUUCUUUGGUAAAUUUCACUAAGGUUUGCAAAACCAUUUUAAGUGAAUUGUUACAUUUAAUUCAACGUUUGUAAAAGCAUUCUUGCAUAAAUUAUCAACAUUUUUGCGAAUAUAUUUAAUUGAAUUUAACAAUUUCCGGAUUUAUUUUAAUGAAAAAUUUAUACAUUAAUUUCGCAACUUAACGUUCAUAAAAACAUUCUUUAUAAACAUUCUUCUCUAAAAGCAUUCUUGCGUAAAUUAUUGCAAUUUUUGCGAAUAUAUUUGAAUUGGACAAUUUACGGAAAAUAUCGUUUUAUGAAAAAUGGAUACUUCAAUUUUACACGUUUCAUGAAUGAGGCUUGUUGUUUGAGGCUCAUUGUUGCAUUAAAUUUAAUGUUUGUAAAAUCAUUCUUGCGUAAAUUGUUCCAUUCAAUUUAUCAUUCGUAAAAACAUUCUUUGGUAAAUUUCACAAUCAAAGAUCUGCGAAACCAUUUUAAAUGAAUCGUCAUAUUUAAUUAAACCUUUUUAAAAGAAUUCUUGCAUUAUCUAAAUUUUUGUGAAUAUAUUUAAUUGAAUUUGACAAUUAUGGAAAAUUUAUGAAAAAUGUAUACAUUUAUUUUGCUCAUGUUUCAUGAAUUUUGCUUGUUUGUCACAUUUAUUUCAGUGUUCGGAAAAUCAUUCUUACGUAAAUUUUCACAUUCAAUUAAAUUCGCAAAACCAUUUUGUUAAUCAUCACAAUUCAACGUUUGUAAAAGCUUUCUUUUUCUUUUUUUAUCUCCUUUUCUCCCCAGUUUGGAAUGCCCAAUUCCCACUACUUAGUAGGUCCUCAUAGUGGCGCGGUUACUCACCUCAAUCCGGGUGGCGGAGGACAAGUCUCAGUUGUCUCCGCUUCUGAGACCGUCAAUCCACGCAUCUUAUCACGUGAUUCGUCGUGCAUGACACCGCGGAGACUCACAGCAUGUGGAGGCUCAUGCUACUCUCCGCGAUCCACGCACAACUCACCACACGCCCCAUUGAGAGCGAGAACCACUAAUCGCGACCACGAGGAGGUUACCCCAUGUGACUCUACCCUCCCUAGCAACUGGGCCAAUUUGGUUGCUGAGGAGACCUGGCUGGAGUCUCUCAGCACACCCUGGAUUCGAACUCGCGACUCCAGGGGUGGUAGUUUUAAAAGCAUUCUUACAUGAAUUGUCGCAUUUUGCAAAUUAAUUUAAUUGAAUUUGACUAUUUACAGAAAAAACGGUUUUAUGAGAAAUGUACAACAUGAUUGAGGUUCAGCCCUGUUGCUUUAUUUCAGUGUCUUAUCAUCAUUUGCUCCAUAAAGAUGUAUAUGUUAUCUAUCUUCAUUGCACUUCGUCUAAGAGUCAUCGUUGGAAAGAAACCGAGAUUUUCUUUCUUGUCUCUGGAGUUCCUGUGUCCUCAGUGGCUCAGAUGUAACGUCCCAUCAGUCGCGAGGGACGCUCGUAGCAGGACAAUUCUUAAUAUGCAUUAAAAAAAGAUUAAGUGGACGCCGCAUGGACAGCGGUUUUCAUGUUAUGCUCUGUCGUUAUGAUCUUAUUUCAGCAUACAGUGACAUUAAUGUUUGGUGCUGCAGAAACUCCUGAAAUUGAAAAGGUUUGCAAAAACGAAGCCUGAAUCAUUCCAGAACUCGGAGCCACCUGCUUCUGUUCCCUGGAUUCCUAAUUUGGGGCCCCAGAGAUUCAUCAUGAAGGAGUUUAAUGCCAAGUGACUCUCGGAUUUUUGUACUUUGAGAGAUAUAUAUAUUCAACGAACUGCAAAUAUUUGCUUGGGUAAAUACUUUGUACACUCCCAAAAAGGAAGAUUUUUAUAUAUUCAUUUAUUGGUUUGUUUUUAUAUGAAUACGACACAUCGCUUUGUAAACAUUUUCCAUGUAAGUUAUGAUAACGCAAACGGUUAAAUAUUCUGCGUUGUGUUUUCACCGUUCUGGUUAGCCAGCCCUUUCUCCCAAAGAAUGAACGAGAGAAAAUAUCAGUGACGAUGAACUCGAUGAACCUUGCUCGUGUACAGUUUCUCACGUCAUGAAUGUCAAUGUGGCUGUAACAAAUUCUGCUUAAGAAUAAAGUUGUUGUUUGUGUUUACAAUUACAGGGGAAGAUUUAAAAAAGGAAAAAAUAAAACAGUGAACCAUGUUGUAUGGGCAGUGUACCGUCAACUGUCAUUUGCACCGUUUAUAUUUUGAAUUUGAAAUGGAUUGUUGAUGCCAUGUGAAAUAUGAACCUAUUUUAUGUAUCAAUAAUGUCACAAGUAAACAGCUGGUUUUAAAGACAAAUAGAACUCUUGGUUUAUUUUGUUGUAAUAUUAUUCAGUUAGAACAUAUUUGAAUUUGAAUGUCACAUGUAUUGAGGAUGCUUGUGGCUUUUUUCCUCAGAGGUUGUAGAAGCAGAACUUGAAGGUUAGAUAGUGCACCAUAGCAAUUUUGUAAUCCACCUCAUUGUUUAUCAUAGCUGAUUUUAUUCUUGCUAUAUUUGAGUCAUUUAGAAGCAUUUUACCAUUGGCUUUGAAGUGGCCUCGUAAUCUGUGCUAAUGUGCCAACAUAUUGUCUUAGACCCGGGUUUGAGUCCAGUCCAUUAAACUAAUGUUCUGGGUUCAAUACAUGUUUAGCUAAUCAACAGCAUUUGUGGCAUAAUGUUGAUUACCACACAAAUUUGUUUUGACUCGUCCGUCCUUUUCUUUAAAAUAAGCAAAUAUGGAGGUUACAGUGAGACACUUACAAUGAAAGUCAAUGGGACCAAUUUUUGGAGGGUUUAAACAGAAAUGUGACACUUAUAAUUUUAUAAAAACACAUUAAUUCUUCUGUUAAAACUUUUUAUUGUGUAUUAUUUGAGAAGUUGUUUAAAUUGUCAUUUUUACAAUCGUUUUAGGGUUUGUUGACAUUACAUCGUUAUGGUCAAAUGGUCCAAAUUGGCUAUAACUUUGCACAGAACAGGUUAGUAAGUGAUUUUAUCACAUUAAAAUCAUUUUUACACUCAUAUCUUUUGUGGUUAUACUUGUGAAACAGUGAGUAUUUUAAUGUUAAAAAAUUGGUCAUAUUGACUUCCAUUGUAAGUGCCUCACUGGAACCAAAUUUGUUUACUCCCCCUCUCUCCACCCCACUUUCUCCCCAAUUUGGAAUGCCCAAUGUGCUCUAAGUUUUCGUGGUGGCGUAGUGACUCACCUCAAUCCAGGUGGCGGAGGACGAACCUAAGUUGCCUCCGCGUCUGAGACCGUCAAUCCGCGCAUCUUAUCACGUGGCUUGUUGAGUGCGUUACCACGGAUACCUAGCGCGUGUGGAGGCUUCACCCUAUUCUCCGCGGCAUCCACGCACAACUCACCACGCGCCCCACCGAGAGCGAGAACCACAUUAUAGCGACCACGAGGAGGUUACCCCAUGUGACUCUACCCUCCCUAGCAACCGGGCCAAUUUGGUUGCUUAGGAGACCUGGCUGGAGUCACUCAGCACACUCUGGAUUCGAACUCACGACUCCAGGUGUGGUAGUCAGCAUAUUUACUCGCUAAGCUACCCAGGCCCCCGUGUUUUGUGCUUUUUUUAAAGAAAAGGAGGAAGGAGUCAAAAUACAUUUUUGUGGUAAUCAAUAUUAUGCCACAAAUGAUGUCGAUUGAACUCAACUUAUAUUAUAUAUUAACCCUGAAUAUUCCUUUAAUAGUAUUUUUGGAAAAUAUUCACAAUAAUGGAAAAGAUUGUGCUUAUGCAUCUUCAGGUAUUUCUUAAGAACAACCAAAUCUUUGAAACUUUUCAGUCUGGUUUUAAAUCUUCAUAUUGCACAGAAUCUGCUCUUCUUGUUUUAAAUGACAGUUUAGUAGCUACAGAUUGAGGUGAUACUGUGAUUUUAGUUCUUUUAGAUCUGACUUCAGUGUUUGAUACUGUUGAUCAUGCUAUACUGCUCUCCAGACUAGAAUCGUGUGUGGGCUUAAAAGGGAAUGUUCUUAAAUGGUUUAAAUCCUAUUUAACUGAUUGAACGUUCUCUGUCAAGCUGGGCAAAUUUACCUCUUCUGUGAACCGCAUUAUCUGUGGUGUGCCACAGGGCUCUAUUCUUGCGCCAGCACUUUUUUCUCUAUAUAUGCUCCCUCUGGGUUCCAUUAUCAGAAACCAUGGUAUCUCCUACCACUUCUACGCUGAUGACACUCAAAUCUACUUACCGGUUAAAUGAAAUGAUCACAUUGCAAUACAAUCUCUUCUAGCUUGCCUGGAGGAAAUAAAAGGUUGGCUAGUCAAAAACGUUUUAUUUUUGAAUGAAGAUAAGACAGAAGUGAUUGUCUUUGGUCCUACAGACAAUUUUGAUGUCAGUAAUGCUGAUUGUGGAAAUCUUAAUGCUUUUCUCUCUCCUCAAGUUUGAUAGCCAGCUGAAAUUUGACAAACAUAUUAGUGCUGUCAUAGGUUCCAGUUUCUUUCAGCUACGUCUACUCUAAAGUUAAACCCUUUUUGACAAAGAAAACGUUAGAGAUAGCAGUUCAUGCCUUCAUCACUUCUCGUCUGGACUACUGUAAUUCUCUCUAUUGUGGAAUUUCCAAAUCUCUAAUUGCUCGACUCCAAUUAGUCCAAUGCAGCAGCAAAAUUUCUCAAAGGAGGUCAGAAGUAUGAUCAUGUUACCCCCAUUUUAAGAUCACUUCACUGGCUGCCGGUUCAAGCUAGAAUUGAUUUUAAAAUUCUCUUGAUUGUUGAAAAAUUGUUACACAACCAAGCUCCCAGUUACUUACUACAUCCUUACAACCCACCUAGAAGUCUGAGAUCCGGUGAUCAAUAUCUCCUCGAUGUCCCACGCUCGAGGCUAAAGCGUAGAGGAGCAUUGUGGGUCCUAUUUUAUGGAAUAGUUUGCCUGUCAGUAUCAGGAUUGUCACCUUCAAUAUCUGUUUUUAAAUCUUCUCUUAAAACUCAUCUCUUUUCACUGGCUUUUAAUAGUAUGUAAUGUCCUGGUCCUGAAUCGUUGUGUGUUUUUAUAAUUUUGUAUUGUACAGCACUUUGGUCAGCCUUGAUGCUGUUUUUAAACGUGCUUUAUAAAUAAAAGAACUUGAACUUUCAUGAGCGCGGCCAUGAUACUUGCUUUAUCUCAAUAAUCCCUUGGACACUUUCAAUCGUGGAAUAAUUUUGUGAUUGUUUUUACAUUCACAUCGGUACGCAACGGAAACAAAUAUUUUGUGCGUUUAUUUUUUGUGCAUUUAUUUAUUUACAUAUAGCCAUGUGGGAGACCGUCGAAUUUCCUACAACCCUCUUAAAGAUGUUUAUUAUUUUUUAGAUAUGGUCUUAUAAUUUACUGAAUACUACAGUAAAACCAUGCUUACUGUAUGGAUACUUGGACGUUUUGUUCUACAACAUAAAUUACAAACGGUCAAUCAAACGGGAAUUUUGAGGCUGCUGUUUUUUAAAAAUGUAUGUUGCUAAUAAAAUGCUAAAUAAGGACUACAAAUACCACAAGCGUGUGAGUGUACGUGCCUGGCGAACCGGAAACUCAUUGUAGUCCUUAAUUAGCAACUUGUUAGCAACAUAACACUGUGACCACAAAAUUCACAUUUGAGGUAUGACUGUGUGUAACAUAUGUUGUAGAAUACAUCUUUACCACAGACCUUAUUUUACUCAUACACCCAACCGUGUAAAAUCCUAAAAAUAAAAGACUCUUCCAGAUGUUUUGGACUACACUGAACAGUCUAUUACUAUAGUAAAACCAUGGUUCAUUUUCCUAAUUGGGUUAAACAAGUAGGGUGACAACAUUAAAUUGAACAUACAUUUAUACUUGAUAUACACUGAUAAACUAAAAAAAAAAAAAAAACUACUUUAUAUAACCGAAUCUAAAUAUAUCGGUUAACAGAAGCUAAGGCUGCGCUUGGCUCAUAUGAAUCAGUGAAUCAUUUAUGUGAACUACUUCAUUUGCAUGAACCGUCCGAAAGAACCGACUCAAUAAAAUGAACCGGAGUGCCCAACGCUAAAGAUAACGGAAUCGUUUAACAAGUUCAUUUAAGUGAAUUGUCCGAAAGAACCGAUUCGGUUGUGUGAGUGCGUUUGAUGGUUGGGAAAGCAACACAUACAGAAAAUGUAGUUAAAGUAAGUAGUGUUGCUACUUUUAGUUACUUUUCUUCCCAACACUGGUGUGUCGUCAUGACUGGAUACUUGUGUGAUUUCUGUUUGAAAUGUAUUUAGACUUUUUUUUUUUUUCUUUUGUUGCUUUGAUACCAUAAAUAAAGAGUCAGACAAAAUUGUUAAUCAAAAAAUUUAAUUGCUCAAACUUGUUCAGUUAAGUACUCAUACUGCUGAAAUAUAUUAUAAACUGAUCUCGACUGACAGAAUUCUGUAACCCUUUUUAUUAAGUGUCAUUGGCUUCUCACUUGCGUAAAAAUUGUCAACAACAUAAACGUUUCAAAUCACUUUAAAUGCUAGGAUUUUCCAAAAUGGCUAUAAAAAUCAUUAAGGCAAAUUUAACUUGCAGUACAAGUGACUAUUUCGAUUUGCCUGUUUACAGCAGCCUAAAAAGCCUUACAUGUAGAAGAACAAGGCUCUAUAUAAACUUUAUAUCAUCAUCAAAAUUUUAUGCUGUAUGAUACAAACCCAAUAUAAAGAAAUACAUUAUAUCUCGCCUUCAGACUUACGAUUAAGACAUCAAGAUUCAGAGGUAAUUAUUUUAAUUAUGCUCACAUUCACACCAAGGAACUCUAGGAGUUUUCUCGUUACUUUUUGGCACUAGUAAGGAACGCUGAACGGUUUUUAGUAAAUCUUUGUCAAAUUACAAAUUAAGGGAAUGCUGAUGCAUCCAUUAGGCACAUUCUGUUGAGAUUAUUAUGUACAACUCCAAACCUUUAGUAAUUAUAUUACAGCAGAAUUGCAAUCAAAACAUGCAUUUAAACUUAGACUUCAAUAUCAAGGGAGUUGCGAAUGGUUCAAUAUCCUUCAUGGUCAUUUUAUAGAACGUUGAUCGCUUCUGUACCACCAUGGACAAUCGGGAAACAUUAUAUACAGCAGGACCAAGCUCAAAAAAAGGAUAUAGGAAACCAUUAGUGCGUACAUACAAAAAUAUACAAACACAUUUCAACGCCAAACCUUCCAUUUCAAAAAAAUAAAAGAACCACAAACAUUUGGAAACUAGCGCCUCUGCAGUCCAAAGGCCACAUUAAGACCGAGAAACCAAAGCGGGUGAACAUGGGCAACGUUUGGGAUCGUAGCUGGGCUUUGGGUUCCGUGUGGACCACCAGGCCGAUGGAAAGGAGGCUCUGCGGAG